UCUUCUUUCUCGGGCGAAUCACAACGCAACGAGCCUCCCAUUUCACCCAAUUUUCCCAAAUCUUCUGAUUUUUAAUCUCCUCUGAACCCUAAUCCCAAAUCCUCAAUCGAUUUCCUCUGUUUCUGCCUGAAAUACAUCCCAAUUCGUACUUUUCGUUUUCUCGGUUUUCGCCGAAAAACCUGCAGAAAUGGUCAUUCCAUUUCCGAUUUGCGCAUAAUUGAUACAUUUCGAAGGUCUAAUGCUGCAAAUUGUGAUAUUUUGAUCAAAAGUGGAGAUCCAAAAGCAGCAUUUGGGGUUGAGACAAUGUCGAAUUUAUACAGAGGGGAUUUCAAUCAGAAGAUCGAUUACGUGUUCAAAGUUGUACUAAUUGGGGAUUCCGCGGUGGGUAAAUCCCAAUUGCUGGCUAGGUUUGCCAGAAAUGAGUUCAAUUUGGAAUCGAAAGCCACAAUUGGUGUCGAAUUCCAGACCAAAACACUCGUCAUUGAUCACAAGUCCGUCAAGUCGCAGAUUUGGGAUACUGCUGGCCAAGAAAGGUAUCGAGCAGUGACGAGUGCUUAUUACCGGGGUGCAGUAGGUGCAAUGCUGGUUUAUGACAUGACUAAACGACAAUCGUUCGAUCACAUGGCCAGGUGGCUCGAGGAGCUAAGAGGGCAUGCUGAUAAAAACAUUGUUAUAAUGCUGGUCGGGAAUAAGUGCGAUUUGGGGACUAUUUGUGCAGUUCCAUCUGAAGAUGCUCGGGAAUUUGCCGAGAGAGAGAAUUUGUACUUUAUGGAGACAUCAGCGCUCGAAUCUAAAAACGUGGAAAGUGCUUUCAUGACGAUUUUGACGGAGAUUUAUCGGAUUGUGAGUAAGAAAACUCUGGUUGCUAACGAUGCUUCUUCGACAUCUUUGACAAGUACUAAGAUUAUCGUUCCUGGUCGGGACGGAGAUGGUAAUGGAAAGAGUGGCUGUUGUAUAUGACUUCUUGAUUCAGUUCCUUUUUUUUCGUUUGGAAACUGUCUUGUAUCGACGAAAAAAAUUAUAAUAAUGAUAAUCGAGUCAUAUUUUAUUG